AUUUAUUUCUGUGAAUGACUGAAUAUUCACUGUGAUUUUGUGAUUCAUUACUAACAUACAUGACGUCUCUGUGAUUACAACUUGUGUCAAGGCUUGUGAUUCUUUAAGGAUAUUCCAUCAUAUAUUACCUAUUUUAUUGCCAUCGGGACAUAGCGCGACAAUGACGUUGACAUAUCUUCGCACUGGUAUGAGCUUACUUGCCGCCCUCUGUGUAAUGAUGACUUUGUCGACUACAUCUGAAGCCGCGAUUAUGCGGGACAACCCCAACUUAGGAACCUACACCCAUAAUAGAUUAACCUGUUUCAAGUGCCAACCUGGAACCUACCUGGACAGACACUGCACUGAGGACUUCACAUAUUCUCUGUGUAAUCCAUGCCCUGUCGACACCUUCCAGUCUCACUACAGCCAGGCCACCAGGUGUUCCCCUUGCCACACCUUCUGUCUUCAUGACAACAACAUGGAGGUGGUACAGAAUUGUACAUCCAUCCAGGAUUUGAAGUGUCAAUGUAAACAAGGAUAUUAUUUACACGUGGCUGACGUGUUCUCGGAUACAAAAACUUGUAAAAAACAUAGUUCCUGCACCCAAGGAAAAGUUAUCAUAAAAAGUGGAACAUCAACUUCAGAUAUUGAGUGUGGCUAUUGUCCAGAUGGCCAGUUCUCCAAGGAUGGACAAUGCUGGACGUGCAGCUCAUGUAUUGGGGAGAACACAACGCUGGUCACGCCCUGCAAUGCAACCUCUGAUGCCACAUGUCAACAUCAUCCCACAAAUGAUAGUAGCGAUUUAGUUACAGAGAUCACAGAAAUACCGACUCACAAGAAGGAUGGCAAUGUAAACGUUGCAGUCGUGGCUGUCCCCGUUGUUCUGAUGUUCCUCGUCGUAGCUGCAUUUCUAGUAGUCUGCUAUGUCGUUAGACAAAAAGGUGUUAAGGACAUCUACAGCAUUGAGCUGAACGAAAGAAGAAUCUCCGCCCCCUUAAUUGACAGAUCCGACUCCACAUGUUCAACUCAACCUCUGAAGAAGAAACAGAGAACUUUCAGCGACAGCAGCGCUGUCAGUGCCAGGCCUGUUUCAUCCUUCCCAGAUCUAAAUGAUCCAGACAUGUGGACACGACCGGUAUUCGACUUACUCUGCAGAAGACUCACAGACUGGAAACGGUUCAUGCGGCACCUUCCAGGGGAUGCCGAUUAUACAGCUUGUGUGAACAGUCGAUGUGAACAAAUUGAGAAAGAAGAACAGGGAAUUGUUAUGGAACAGAUCCACAAGGCUCUGCAAGAGUGGUCCCAGGGGAAUACAGACGAGUAUGUUAAGGUUGAUAGCAUACUGGAUACUAUAGAACAAGUCUUUGAGCAAGAUGGUAAACUAUACAAGGAUAUUUGGGACUUGUGUUGUGACCUGGCCAAAAAACAAAAACAGCGAAAUAUUCCAAAUGAUAUCGUUUGACGUUCCGGAAGUACUAUGAACAAAAAAGACAACGUGCAAGGUUCCAAUGUGUGGAACCAGUGGUCUGGGUAUUCCUCAAGAAAUUACCACUGUGCUGGAAUUUAAUUUACAGAUGUUUCAAAAUGGUUUUCAUGGAACAAGUACUCAUUAUGCAAGCUAUGCUUCGUUCAGAUAGAUGUAAUUCUGUGAUACUAAACCUGUAACCUGUGUUAAUACCUGGAAGGACCUUGUACAUUGGCCAUGUGACUGUUAUGCUGUAAUGGAAUAUGUAUCUGUUUCAAAGACAGAUUGUUUACCCGGGUACCAAUGGUCAUGUGAAUAUCGGUUCUGUGCUGUGAUGUAAUGUGUAGCUUUCUGAAGCCAGAAUGGUUACCUGGAUUUGCUGACCCAUAUCCUCAAGGAUAACAAACUGUGACUUGUGCUAAUUACAAGAAGAACUUGUUACAGUGAUCAUCUGUGCCUUAAUGGAAUGUGUAGCUGUGUCAGCCGGAAUGUUUAACAUUGGGUAUCACUGACCAUGCUCAGCUGACCCAUAUCCUCAAGGAUAACAAACUGUGACUUGUGCUAAUUACAAGAAGAACUUGUUACAGUGAUCAUCUGUGCCUUAAUGGAAUGUGUAGCUGUGUCAGCCGGAAUGUUUAACAUUGGGUAUCACUGACCAUGCUCAGCUGACCCAUAUCCUCAAGGAUAACAAACUGUGACUUGUGCUAAUUACAAGAAGAACUUGUUACAGUGAUCAUCUGUGCCUUAAUGGAAUGUGUAGCUGUGUCAGCCGGAAUGUUUAACAUUGGGUAUCACUGGCCAUGCUCAGCUGACCCAUAUCCUCAAGGAUAACCAACAGUAUAUUUCAAUGACAUAUGUUGAAACUGACGUAACUUCACCAUUGGAAUACCUGGAUCUCAGCGUAUCCUCAAGGAUAACCAAUAGUAUAUCAUAAUAAGAUAUGUUGACACUGACCUGACUUCAAAGUUCACCAUUGGAAUACCUAGGUCUCCACAUAAUUCUUUGUUCUCAGAAUCUGGACAUGUGCAAAUAUGUAUCAUGUUAUAAUUCCGACAGGAUUUAAUCCGGUAUUACCUAGUCUGUGUUAUUUUACUCAUAUAUUUACAAAAAUGCGGGAGGUAUCUGUUUCUGAAAUGUUUUUACUAUUUUUGUAUAUUGUUCCCACGGCGUCAUUUAUGGGUAUUAAGUGGUAACUUUAGAAUGUUCUAGUCACGUAUGUAUCGAUGUGGAUUACACGCAAACCCUUAUAAGUUCGAAUCCCGUUAAUGUGGAAACAGGCUUUAAGGCUAGCUACUGUUGGUGUACAUAUAUUAGAGCCACAAUUAUUUAUGUCCACAAGUAUUGUGUAUGUUUAUUUCUGUGUCUUUAGGGGGAAGACAGCUUGUCCGCCUGAACGAUACUCCGCCUUUCUUUGUACACUUUUACAAUGUCUUCAUACAUAAUCUCACACUCCCGUUAGUGAGAUCUGAGUGUUAUUUUACACUGAUCUACAUUCGUUGUAAAAAUAAACAAUUUGAAACACA